CGGACUCUGGCCUGGCACCGGCCAGCACACUCAUUCCAGCACUCCUCACACACUUGCCCAGCACCGGAGCCCAGACAGAGGAACGUGGUCACUCAGAAAGGUUCCACUCCAGGAAAACAAGAUGCAGUGGGUCCCCCUCCUGCUGCUGGCAGGGCUCUGCUCCCUCUCGCAGGCCCAGUAUGACGAAGACCCUCACUGGUGGUUCCACUACCUCCGGAGCCAGCAGUCCACAUACUACGACCUCUACGAGCCCUACGAGCCCAAUGAGCCCUACCCUUACGGAGUGGAGGAAGGCCCAGCCUAUGCCUAUGGCUCUCCACCCCAGCCAGACCCCCGCGACUGCCCCCAGGAGUGCGACUGUCCUCCCAACUUCCCCACAGCCAUGUAUUGUGACAAUCGCAACCUCAAAUACCUGCCCUUUGUUCCAUCCCGCAUGAAGUAUGUCUAUUUCCAGAACAACCAGAUUGCUUCCAUCCAGGAGGGUGUCUUCGACAACGCCACUGGGCUGCUUUGGGUGGCACUGCAUGGCAACCAGAUCACUAGUGACAAGGUGGGCCGCAAGGUCUUUUCCAAGCUCAGGCACCUGGAGAGGCUCUACCUGGACCACAACAACCUGACCCGCAUGCCUGGGCCACUGCCCCGCUCCCUGAAGGAGCUGCAUCUGGAUCACAACCAGAUCUCCAGGGUCCCCAACAAUGCCCUUGGAGGGGCUGGAGAACCUCACGGCCCCUGUACCUCCCAACACAAUGAGAUUCAGGAAGUGGGUGGUGCCCCGGGUCUCCACUCACUCAUCCUGCUGGACCUGAGUUACAACCACCUGCGGCGGGUGCCCGACGGGCUGCCCUCGGCUCUCGAACAGCUGUACCUGGAACACAACAAUGUCUAUUCAGUCCCCGACAGCUACUUCCGGGGCUCCCCCAAGCUGUUGUAUGUGCGGCUGUCCCACAACAGCCUCACCAACAAUGGCCUGGCUUCCAACACCUUCAACUCCAGCAGCCUCCUAGAGCUAGACCUGUCCUACAAUCAGCUGCAGAAGAUCCCCCCGGUCAACACCAACCUGGAGAACCUCUACCUGCAGGGCAACCGCAUCAACGAAUUCUCCAUCAGCAGUUUCUGCAGCGUGGUGGAUGUCAUGAACUUCUCCAAGCUGCAGGUGCUGCGUCUGGACGGGAACGAGAUCAAUCGCAGUGCGGUGCCGGUGGACGCACCCCUCUGCCUGCGCCUGGCCAGCCUCAUCGAGAUCUGAGCUCCAAGCAACAGCGCUGGCUCCCGGCUGGGCACUGGGGAGACCCGGGCCCCACUGCAUUUGGCUUGAUGGUUUGGUUUGGCUUUUGCUGGAAUGUCUGGGACUGAUGGUGAAGCAUGAUGGCUCCAUAAACUCCCUCAAUCAUCUCCUUCCCUGCUGCAGAGUCCGGUGGACUCAGGGCUCAGGCUGCCUUGGGGGGGGCAGGGGCAUGGACACGGGAAAUCUAGCUCUUCCAGGACAGAAGUAGUGGCCAAGACAGUAAUCAGGAAGGCCCAGCCCCAAACAUUUCAUGCCCUUUAGUCCUUGCCACUGAUGUUAGGAAACUAACUAAUGGUCCCAGAGCAGUAGAACAUCCGUGUCCUCUUUCAGUGACCCUGGGUUCUCAGAGCUAUCUCUGGCCCAACCACCAUACCCUAAAUUAGCCUCCACCCUUGACCUGGCCCCACAGACUCUCUAUGCCAUGAGCAGAGGCAGGAGGACCCCCCCCCAAGAGAGCCCCUGCCUGUGUCUGAGGUCCCUCCCAAACUCACGCAGAGAAUGCGCCAGCUGGUGGCCCUGAUAGUACUAUCUGAGGGCAUGUCUGAGGCUAUAUCUGAGGGCAGAGGCCAGCACCUUAGCCUUGAAUCAAGUGUGGUGCCUUGUCUUAGCAUCAGGCACAUCUCUGAGCAUGGGUCAGAUUUCCAAAGAGUGAACCUGCCUUCCUUUCUAUCCCAGGGGCAAACACUAUCCACAUUGAUGGGGCUAAGGAAACCAGUUCUUCUCUUCCCACCCAGCCUCUGCCAACUGGAGCCUCACAGGGCAAGAACCACAUGCUUCUCAAAGCAGAGGGAAGCUCCUCUUUCUCCUCUUAUCCAAACCCGAAGUUCCUGUCUGGUUGGACCCAGGCUCUCAUAGCUCUCAUCAGGGGUGGGCUGUGGCUCAUCUCUAGAAAUCAGUGGCUCACAAGGCCAUGUCUGAGUAUGGCCGUUCAGCUGCAGGUUCUCUGAGUCUAGGAAGCUCAGCAAGAAACCCUCCAUUAGCACAUGUCUGAAUGGCCCGCUAUUUCCCAGUAGGCCUGUAGCUCUUAGCAUGUCAGAAAAGCAAAGCUCUCUUCCCAUUACUGACCCAUCUACCCUACUGGAGACCCCUGGAAUAAUAAAGCCAUCUGGGCAGCUGAGGCAGGGGCUAGAGAGGACUUUGUCCUUGACUGGCCCCUGCCUAAUGGCUGUGAUGUCCUCAUUCUGUGUAUGCUUAGAAGUGGCUUCUCUUGGACAUAAAGCAGGGACAGGGGGUCCUUGAACUAUGUUCUUGACUCCAGACUCUGAAAUUCACAAAAGCCAAACCAGCUCAUUCUACAAAGGAGCUCUGCUGUAGGGUGGGGUGGGGGAGGGCAAAAAGCAUUGCAUGUGAACCCCAUCAUGCCUCAAUACAGGAACCAUAUUACAGGAAAAGCAUGUGUGGUGGCUGACCUGACAAUAAAGUUGUUUUGCCAUUGCAA